UUCUUGCAGUGCAAGAAAUGCGAGGUGCAAGAAAGUGGGAGAAAGUGCAGGAAAUGUGUGCCAUCUAGCCAUGAAAAGUAUUUACAGCGGCGGGACAUUUUUUUCUAACGCCGUGCAUUUCUUGCAGGUCAAAAUACCCGAAAAAAACACUUUCUUGCAGUUAUUUCUUGCGGGAAUGGUACCAAUGCGGGGUGCAAGAAAUUGUGACAAAUGUGCGCCAUCUAGCCCAGCGCUGUAUGACAUAUUUACAGCGGUGGGACGUACUUUCUCCCACCUCACAUUUCUCCCAGGUCAAAAUAUUCCUCUGCAAAAAAAUACAUUUUUCCCCCUUAUUUCUUGCAAGUGGGGUGCAAGAAACUGGGAGAAAGUGUAACAAAUAUGCGCCAUCUAGCCCAGCGCCGUGUGAACUAUUUACAUCGGCUGGACGUAGUUUCUCCCACCUUGCAUUUCUCCCAGGUCAAAAUAUCCCCCUGCAAAAAAGAAGCACUUUCUCCCCCUUAUUUCUUACUAGUGGGGUGCAAGAAACUGCGAGAAGGUGUGACAAAUAUGCGCCAUCUAGCCCCCCGUUCUACAAACUAUUUACAGCUGCGGGUCGUAGUUUCUCCCACCUCACAUUUCUCCCAGGUCAAAAUAUUCCCCUGCAAGAAACCACUUUCUCCCCCUUAUUUCUUGCACUUGGUGGUAUCCUCUUACACCCUCAAGCACUACGAAUUCUCUCCUCCAAUAAAAAACCCUACCAAACCCGGAAGAAUAACACAGCCAACAAAAAUCGGUCAAUUAUUUCCACCCUCAUUCUUCUCCUGCCUGCCGAACCGUUAAUUAAUCAAUUAAUUAAUUAAUUAAUUAAUCCUUAAUCGUCAUCAUGUCCAGCAUGCUCAAGCUGGAGACGGAGGACGGGGUGUUGGUCGACGUGGGCGUGGAGGUCAUCCAAUGCUCGCACACGAUCCGCUUGAUGCUCGAGGACUUGGGGUGUGGAGAGGAAAUCGAUGAGAACGAGGUUAUCGUCAUCCCCCUGCCCAGAGUCUGCUCGGCCAUCCUGCAUAAAAUCAUCGCCUGGGCGAAACAUCAUGACGAUGACCCACCCCCUCUCGAGGACAUUUACGGAAACCACGUCCCCCCCGAGUUGGACGAGUGGGAUGCCGAGUUUCUCAAUUUGGAUGAGCAAACGCUCCUGGAUUUGGCCAUGGCCGCCAUCUUCCUCGACAUUCCCGACCUGCUCAAGACCAUUGCCCAGGUCAUGCUCAACAUUAUGGAGGCGAGAAGCCCGGAGCAUAUCUUGCAGCUGCUCAACUCCGUUAAUGGCCUGUAAAUCAGCAAGCAACAUUCAUGACUAAUUCAUUCCAAUGAAAUAAA